AUGAGGAGAUUACUUCUUCUCGCUGGGCUGAUAUCAGCUGAUAAACGCUAUAUCCUCGACACAUCAACAGAAACGUCUGACCUUGUCGGCCCGAUCGGCAAGAGCUGGCACAUUCCACCAGAAUCAGAGUGGGAAGAUGCCAGUACCAACGAUGGCGACGGAAUCCACUACCGAGCGUUGCAAAUCUGCGAAAUUCGAAAUCCAAGCGAUUCGUAUGUUUAUUCCCCGCUCAUCCGAACCGAAGGCGCUCAGAAGGUGUUCGUCGAGAUCAAGUACUCCCUUAGGGAUUGCAAGAUCUGCAGCGAGAGUAUCGACAUUUUGGUACAGAACGCAGCUGAAACUGGUCUCUUGGCAAACACGCGAAACUGGAGAAAGGUUGCAACGCUUGAGGACGGAUAUCAGACGAAAACGAUUGAAUUGUCGACGAAUGGAGACUUUUACUUGGCAUACAAGGAUCAUGGCGCCUGCGGAGUGAUUUUCUACACAAAGAUCUACUACAACUUCUGCAAACGGCCUGCUCCUGAACGCCGAGAUCUGACCGUGUCUGGCUCUUGUGUCGCUCAUGCUAUCAGUGCUGAUGGCAAUGAACCGACUAUGACCUGCCUCAGCGACGGAGAGUGGAUCAGCCAGCGAUCAAGAUGCGUUUGUCAAGCCGGUUAUGAGCCCAACCGAGGCAACUACGCCUGUAUCCCUUGCGGAGAGGACCAGUACAAGCCAAAACAAGGCAACGAAAAGUGCCUCGUCUGCCCAGCAAAUUCGGCGUCUUUUGGACUUGGAGCGACCCAGUGUACUUGUCUCGAUGGAUUCUACAGAGGAGAGCAUGAUCACGAGACUGCUCCUUGCUACGGAAUUCCAUCCGAGCCUCUGGCGCUAGAAUACACGAUUAUCGACGAUGUAGUUGACAUCCGCUGGUCCUCGCCAACAACAGAUGGUGGUCGAUCCGAUCUCAUGUUCAGACUCGAGUGCCAGCAGUGCGAAGAGGGAUGGAGAAGCUGCCGACCCUGUGGAAACACCGUCCAGAUGCCUUCAGAGGAGAUUCGCCCUAAUGCGGUCCAGAACUUCGUGAAAAUCCGUCAAUUAACGGCAAAUACUUCCUACCGCGUCAAGGUUCACGCUUUGAACGGAGUUUCUGACGUGGCUCAACAGGCGCCGAACUUUGGAGAAGUCCGAUUCCGAACUCAGUCGAGCCAGUUCCUAAACUCUGAUUCCAGCGAUUUCUCUUAUUACAACAAGAUCGUCGGCUCCGUCAUCGUCACUGAAAAGGAUGAAACAUCUGCGCGACUAAGCUGGUCUCGACCGACCGGUGCUGUGGACCAAGUUUUCGAAAUCCGACAUCGUGCCAACUCCGCCCGCUGGAACAUGGACACCAUGCGCAGCGCGGAUUACAAGCUCAUUGGCUUGCUCCCGAAUACCGAGUACACUGUUCAGGUUCGUGCAAUUGUCGAUGGAGAAUACGGCCCCUGGUCUACAGAAGAGAUAUUCAGAACUACUCGAUCAAAUGAAGCUGUUCAACUGACAGUUACUGAAGAAGAAGAGCCUGUUAGCUGGCUGAUUGUCAUUGUCUUUGCUGGCCUUGGAGUUGUCACUGCCAUGGCUGCAAUUGUUAUCUUCAUAGUCCGAAGAAAUUCUCGAAGAUGGUCAAAAGAGUCUCGUGGUUCUUUCUGGGGAGGACAAACUUCUGGCCCCGCUGGAACAAUGGAUGCCACUGUUGAUCUCAUUCCCUGCAAAAUCAAUGCACCCGAGUUCUCCUACGUCGACUCAAGAACUGAGACCGCCACUUACUCUUCUUUUAAUUCCUCUGGUUCCGACCCUUCUCGAGUAAUUGUAGAAGCCGACAUCGGCCACGACGGCGAGUUUACUUACUCCUACGGAAAACUCAACGGUCGCGAUGUCGCCAUCAAAGCCAGUCCCGUCAACGUCGAAUCACUCCGCCGCGAAGGCGAAGCUCUUGGCCAAUUCGACCAUCCAAAUGUCCUUCGCUACGAGUCUAUCAAUGACAAGUACUCUCCCUACUACCUGAUCACCGAGUUCUGCCAAAAGGGCGCUCUUUCUGAUUUCGUCCGAACAGCCCGACCAGACUCGAAGCUCUCUACUCGAAUGCUCCUUGAUGUUGCUGAAGGAUUGAGCUACCUCCACCACCAGAAAUCCUACAUCCACGGCGCAAUCCAAGCGAGCAACAUCAUGGUCGCUGCUGAUGGCACUUCUAAGGUUUCCGGCUUCGGAGACAAUUCUCCUGAUGCAAUGCGAUACGCCGCACCAGAAUGCAUCGCCAACAAUCGAGUUUCAAACAUUUCCUUCCACUCUGACGUCUGGGCGUUCGGAAUUCUCAUGUGGGAAGUCUUCUCCAAUGGUGAGCGCCCAUACGCUGCUUUUGAAGAUGCUGAUAUCGUGCCAGAACUCGCUCGUGGUCAGCGACUCCCUCGUCCAACUGGCUGCCCUGAGCCGAUUUUCAACUUGAUGGUCGCUUGUUGGAGCCAAAGUCCUUCCAACCGACCUCACUUCCACGAGAUCGUCCAAGAACUCGACCGAGUUCUUUGUGAAAUGACGAAUGUCCCUACUGGUGUUGCCGUCUAA